AUGGCUCCAAUUAAACGAGGUGGGCUGGACUCGAACAAUCGCAGCGACAAAUCAAAGAGACACAGACGAGCCGACGACACGAGCAUGCUGUACAAGUGCAUCGGACAGCUCUGCGGCGAGGAGUGCGACCGAGAGAUAGUGCACGUGAACGAGGGCAGCAGCGGGGGCUCGAAUCGUCGCAACCACACGUCGGGCAAACAUCAGCGCGGCAACGAGGCCAUGGACAUGGACGCGAUCGACGACGCCAUGCUCAGCGACGAGGAGUACGACGAGGACUAUCGGGAGCCGGCCCCGAGGCCGUCCAAUCAGUCCGCCCAGCAAACGACCAAGCCAGCCGGACGCGUGCAGAAGCCCAAGGCACGCAAGGCGCCCCCAAUCGCCGAUAUGCCCCUGAAAAUCGGCGUGCAAAAAGCCAAGCGGUACAUCUGCGAGGCUCUGGACUUUGGCGUUCAAUCGGGCUUCCUCGUGCCCAAGGACAAGGGCCGCAUCCUGCAGGUCUCGUCGGACCUGCUGAACAGCUCGGCGGACCCGAACAAGCUGAGGGCCCUCAAUAGAAUCGGGGGCGAGGCGAGCGGCGCGCUCCAGCGCAAGCGGACCCAGGAGAUGCGCGACGACGACGCCGAGGCCGACCGGGUCCAGAGGCGCAAGAUGCGCAAGGGCGGCCGCUCGCAUCGGAGCCGCUCGCGCAAGCACAGGAGCAAGCGAGGCAUGAAGAGCAGCCGCAGCCGCAGCAAACGCCGUCACGGCCGCAAACGCGCCAGCCACAGGAGUCGGUCGGCCAACGCCGAGGGAGUAGACCCGAUCAGCAAGCGAGGCGAGAAGAGCGUGGAGCAACAGCAGGACGAGAUCGACGCCGAUAGCAAAGAGAGCAACGCGAACAAGAGCGCGACCAACGAGGACCAAGACAACAGCCAGAACACCAGCUCGACGACGCCGGGCCAGUCUCAGGUGACCAAUUACGACAGUCAGACGACCAACGACGAGGAUAAAACCAAACAGCCGGACGACGACGAGGACGACGACGACGAGGACGAGGACGAGGACGAGAAGAAAAAAUGA